GGUAAUUUUAAUACUUUAUUUUGAAAAAAAUUCGGCUGGAUGGGAAAUUUUGGUCGCAAUCGUCGUCGUCGUUGGUAGUAUGACCAAUCCAUUACCAAAAUGUCAUGAGCUUAUGUCAAUAAUUAGCGAUUUUCUAUUCCUUAGCGUUAUUCUAUUCGUCUGUCAUUAGUCUCGGCCUGCUGUGCAGUUUUUUGAGCCUACCUAGUAUAAUCAGUUGCAUAAAUAUGAUUAACGCAUACCUGUACUGUGUUUACAAUUAUUAUAAUUAAUGAAAAUCGUUUUAAUUACACCACUUAUAACAUAAGAAAGUGACAGUGACAGGAACAUUAAAAGUUAGCUACAUAAUUUAAAUAUUUAUUUAAAUGCCAAUAAUAUUUUAAAAAUUAAUAGAUGAAUAAUGUAUGACCACACUUUUGUACUCAUAAAUAAAUCAGUCUUGUAAUUUAAUAAAAUAACCGUAAGAUUGUUAAAUCUAUAUUUAGUUGUAUAACAGUAGGUAUACAACUUCUCAAGUUAAACAACAACAUCUGUAUUACCUACCGAUUUAAAAAUCAAGUUUUUUAUUAAUUUAUCACGCAUGUAAACACAACACAAUAUUGAUUACAUCAUUCCUAGUCUAUAUAACGUAUGUAAUACGUUUAUUUGUCAUCGUUCCGUGGUCAGCAUCGGUUCACUCUCAUAUACAAACACAAUUACGAUAAUUAUAUCGUGUUGAGCGUAUUUUUCAAUUAAAAUAUCAAAAAUGUUGUCUCUUAAUGAGGUAGUGAUAGUAUCAGCAGUGCGAACACCCAUAGGGUCGUUUGGAGGAAGUCUAGCUAAUGUGUCGGCUACGGAACUAGGUGGUAUAGCUGUGAAAGCAGCAGUAGAAAGGGCUGGUAUACCGAAAGAAGAAGUUAAAGAGGUUAUCAUGGGAAAUGUUUGUUCUGCUCGCCUUCAACAAGCACCAGCAAGACAAGCAGCUAUAUUUGGAGGUCUACCCACAAGUACAAUUUGUACGACGAUCAAUAAAGUUUGCUCAUCAGGCUUAAAAUCUGUAGUAUUCGCUACCCAAAGUUUGCAAACUGGAACUCAAGAUGUCGUUAUUGCUGGUGGCAUGGAAUCAAUGUCAAACAUUCCUUUCUAUUUAAAAAGAGGAGAAACGCCUUACGGAGGCAUGCAAUUAGAAGAUGGAAUUUUAUACGACGCACUGACUGAUGUGUACGAUCACAUACACAUGGGAAAUUGCGGUGAACACAUCGCCAAAAAGUUCAACAUAUCUAAAGAAGAACAAGACGAGCACGCGAUGAUCACUUACAGAAAAACAGAAGCCGCGUACAAAGCCAAGGCUUUUGAUGCUGAACUCGUGCCUGUAAGUGUGCCACAAAAACGAGGAAACGAUAUAAUAUUUGCUGAAGACGAAGAAUACAAAAAAAUAAACUACGACACGUUAAAAAACCUAAAGCCUGCAUUCGAAAAGGAAAAUGGGACGAUAACAGCUGGUAAUGCGGCAGGGUUAAACGAUGGAGGGGCUGCCCUUGUUAUGAUGACAAGUGAUGCCGCAAAAAGAUUACAAGUAAAACCUCUCGCUCGUGUCAUUGGAUAUGCUGACGGAGAAUGCGACCCUAUUGAUUUCUCAAUAGCGCCAUCAAUCGCUAUAUCUAAUCUCUUAAAAAAAACUGGAGUUAAAGUGAGCGAAGUGGACCUCUGGGAAAUCAAUGAACCGUUCAGCCUAGUGGCUAUUGUUAUUGGAAGAAUCUUAGGUAUAGAUUCAGAAAAAGUUAAUAUUAACGGAAGUGCUGUGAGUUUAGGACAUCCGAUUGGAAUGUCUGGAUCCAGAUUGGUUGGACAUUUAAGUCACGUUAUGAAGAAAGGACAGAAAGGUGUAGCUACUACUUGUAAUGGUGGUGGCGGUGCUUCUGCCAUUAUGAUUGAAAAAUUGUAAUUGGUUUAACUAAAAUACUGACGAUUUCUUGUAUUUCAUUUUAAAAGACAUUGUAGUAAUAUUGUAGCCUCUUACACAAAUUAUAAUAUAACAUUGUCG